AUGAAGGGGCUUGGAUUAAGUGAAAUAGCUGUACCUGAUCUUAAGAAGCUAGUGCUGUUUUUCAGUGUAGAGGAAACGUGCUGUCUGGGGACAGGAGAUGUCUUGCAAGGAAGCGAAAGCGGAUCAUGUAUAGCCUUUGGACCCAAGAAUCGCUCGAUUGGUGCUGCAGCUAAAAGCCAGGUUAUUUCAAAUGCAAAGAAUACAGUACAAAGUUUUAAAAGAUUUCAUGGUCGUGCAUUCUCAGAUCCCUUUGUUCAAGCUGAAAAAGCAAGCCUUGCGUAUGAACUUGUCCAGCUGCCAACAGGCUCAACUGGCAUCAAGGCCAUGUAUAUGGAAGAAGAAAGAAACUUUACUAUUGAACAGGUGACAGGAAUGCUUCUUACCAAAUUAAAAGAGACUGCUGAGAAUGCGCUUAAGAAGCCUGUAGUUGACUGCGUUGUUUCUGUUCCUUGUUUCUACACAGAUGCAGAAAGGAGAUCUGUGAUGGAUGCUACACAGAUUGCUGGUCUCAACUGUCUGAGACUAAUAAAUGAAACAACUGCAGUUGCCCUUGCAUAUGGGAUCUAUAAGCAAGACCUGCCUGCCUUGGAAGAGAAGCCACGGAAUGUUGUUUUUGUGGACAUGGGGCAUUCUGCAUAUCAAGUUUCUGUUUGUGCAUUCAACAAAGGAAAACUGAAAGUUCUUGCUACAUCAUUUGAUACAACACUUGGAGGCAGGAAGUUUGAUGAGAUGCUAGUGGAAUACUUUUGUGAAGAAUUUGGAAAGAAAUAUAAACUAGACAUAAAGUCAAAGAUUCGUGCGUUGUUGAGGCUAUACCAGGAAUGUGAAAAACUGAAAAAAUUGAUGAGCGCUAAUGCCUCUGAUCUCCCGAUGAACAUAGAAUGCUUCAUGAAUGACAUAGAUGUCUCUGGAACAAUGAACAGAAGCAAUUUUUUAGAGAUGUGUGAUGGACUCCUUGCAAGAGUAGAACCACCCCUUCGCAGUGUGCUGGAGCAAGCCAAGUUAAAGAAGGAGGAUAUUUAUGCAGUAGAGAUAGUUGGUGGUACCACAAGAAUCCCUGCUGUAAAAGAGAAGAUCAGUAAAUUUUUUGGCAAAGAAGUCAGUACAACUUUGAAUGCAGAUGAGGCUGUUGCACGAGGUUGUGCGCUGCAGUGUGCUAUUUUAUCCCCGGCUUUCAAAGUGAGAGAAUUUUCUAUCACGGAUUUGAUACCGUAUCCUAUUUCUUUACGAUGGAAUUCACCAGCAGAGGAAGGGUUAAGUGACUGUGAGGUCUUUCCCAAGAACCACGCUGCUCCAUUUUCUAAGGUCCUCACAUUCUACAGAAAGGAACCUUUUACUCUUGAGGCGUACUACAGUUCUCCCAAGGAGUUGCCUUACCCAGAUCCUGCUAUAGCUCACUUCUUGGUUCAAAAAGUCACUCCUCAAACAGAUGGAUCCAGUUCAAAAGUGAAAGUCAAAGUUAGAGUAAAUAUCCAUGGUAUCUUCGGUGUUUCAAGUGCAUCUUUAGUGGAGGUUCAUAAAUCAGAUGAGAAUGAAGAGCCUAUGGAAACAGAUCAGCACGCAAAAGAGGAAGAGAAGAUGCAAGUAGACCAGGAAGAGCAACAAAAGACUGAAGAACAACAGCAGGCUCAACCUGAAAAUAAGGCAGAGUCUGAAGAGAUGGAGACUUCUCAGGCCGACUCAAAAGACAAGAAAGUGGAUCAACCGCCUCAGGCCAAGAAGGCUAAAGUAAAGACUACUACAGUGGACCUUCCCAUUGAGAAUCAGUUGGUGUGGCAGAUAGGGAAAGAUAUGCUGAACUUAUUCAUUGAGAAUGAGGGUAAAAUGAUAAUGCAGGAUAAGCUAGAGAAAGAGAGGAAUGAUGCCAAGAAUGCAGUGGAAGAAUAUGUGUAUGAUAUGAGAGACAAACUCUGCGGUAUCUAUGAGAAAUUCGUUAGUGAAGAUGAUCGAAAUAGUUUCACACUGAAGCUGGAAGAUACAGAAAAUUGGCUUUAUGAAGAUGGUGAAGACCAACCCAAACAAAUUUACAUUGAUAAACUGAUGGAAUUGAAGACUCUGGGUCAACCUAUCCAGGCAAGAUUUCAAGAAUCGGAGGAAAGACCAAAAGCGUUUGAGGACUUAGGGAAGCAAAUUCAACAGUACAUGAAAACUGUUGAUGCAUUCAAAGCAAAGGAUGAACAGUACGACCAUCUAGAUGAAGCAGAUGUAGCGAAAGUGGAGAAGAGUGCAAAUGAAGCUAUGGAGUGGAUGAACAACAAACUUAAUCUUCAAAACAAGAGAAGUCUUACUUUGGACCCAGUUAUAAAAGCUAAAGACAUACAAGCUAAAACUAAAGAAUUGGCAAGUAUUUGUAAUCCUGUAGUCACCAAACCGAAACCCAAAGUUGAACUCCCGAAGGAGGAGCAGAAACCAGCUGAGCCGAAUGGACCAGUAGAAGGCCAGGGAGAAGCCAACAGCGGGUCCCAGGCUGCGGAAGAGAGCGCCGCUGCCCCCACAGCCACGGAGAAGAAGCUUCCCGAAAUGGACAUUGACUGAAUUUCAGCACUUGUUUAUAUUAUUGCAAACUACAAUAAAGCUUUAAGUUGUCAACUUUGUAUGUUCUGAAUACAAAUUGAAGCAAGUG